AUGAGUCUCACCGACAAGGACAAGGACACAGUCAAAGCCUUCUGGGCUUUGGCCAAAGCAAAGUCAGACAUUAUCGGAAGCGAAGCUCUGUCCAGGAUGGUCUUUGUGUACCCUCAAACCAAGACCUACUUCUCCCACUGGAAGGACUUGAGCCUCACCUCCGCUCCGGUCAAGAAGCACGGCAGGGUGAUUAUGGCCGCUGUGGGCGACGCCGUCGGCAAAAUCGACAACUUGACUGCUGGUCUGCUGAACCUCAGCGAGCUGCACGCCUUCACUUUGAGAGUCGAUCCUGCCAAUUUCAAGGUUCUGAGUCACUGCAUCCUUGUGGUGAUGGCCAUGACAUUCCCCCAGGAAUUCACCCCAGAGGUCCAUGUUUCCAUGGAUAAAUUCUUGGCCGCUGUGACUCUCGCCGUCAGCGAGAAGUACAGAUAA